UCAGUGUUCGUCUGUCUUCUUGGAGUCGGUGUGGAUUUUAACACCAGUUUAUGGUGGAAUUAUGGCACAAAAUGAAACACAUCCCCUUUUGGAAAUACUAAAAUCAUUUAAUCUUGGCGAUAUGAUUUUAGCCUUCUGUUUGUCUGUGCUUGUGGGCCUGCUGCUGGGUGCUCUGGUCUACGUUCUCCUGACCUGGGCGUCCCGGCGCCAGGCCACCGCCCGUAUCACCAGGCGCUCCAAAAAGAAAUCUGGCACUUCACAAACAGCCACUAGCAACCAGCUGGGCCUCUACAGAAGCACCUUUCUGAGUGUCUACAGACAGCCCUCUCUGGAGCCGGUGGGCCCUCUGGGGAGUAAGCCCGGCGUAGAGAGCUCCACCUUUCGGCCAGUGCCCAAGAGGAGCAGGCCCGGCCUGGAGAUGGGAGAGGACACUCUGAUCAUCAUGCCCGACGACACAGCAGCUUCAAACUCAUCGGAUUCAGCAGCCCUGGUGCCAAACAAGAGACAUUCCUUCUGGUUGGGCAGCAACGGACUUAAAGGAUUCCUCCCCUCACAGACUCCGCCUCCUGCAUACGACAGUGUCAUCCAUGCUUUUGAAGAGACCUGCACUUGAAUCUCUCUGCAUAAAUACAAGAGAAACUGAAAAAAGGGAGACCAUUCUGGGACUACACAUGACUUUCUGAAUGUGCUCUGCUAUUUAUCAGACAAUUUCACACACUUUUCAGUCUAAAACAGUGUCCUUAUCUGAAUAAGAUGCUUCCACAACCAUAAAGUCUCAUCACAGUGUUGAGAUAUAGAUAGGAGGUGCAACUAAUUAAUUUUUUUUAUAAUUGAGUUAUUUUGCAUGUUAGUUUCUCAAUUAAUCAAUUAGUUGUGUUCUCCAUAGACUGGUUUAGAAUAACAAUAAUACCCAUCAGUUAUCCAGAGCCCAAAGCAACUUCUCCAAAUAUCUUGUUUAGUCCAGAACUACAACAAAAAGAGUAUUUAAUUUACAAUGAUAUAAAAUAGAAACAAGCAGCAAAAGGAGAAGAUGUAAAAAGCAACCGUUUGCUUGAAAAAUUAUUUAAAUGAUUAAUCAAUGAAUCGACUAAUUAUUGCAGUUCCAAUAUUCUGUAGUUUUUUUGCAGAACGUCUCAUGACCAUUCAUGUAGUGAGGAGUGUCUGAUGCAGUUUACUCUGACUAUAUGAAGAUGAGGGAAACACUGUGUCCUACAUAUUUAUAUAUAUUAUCU